CGAUGCAGCAGCCUUCAGCAGUGUAGAUCUGGCAGUGGUAGUGAUGAAUCUAUCGUUUGCAAUGAGUUUGUGGCUUUCAACUGGAUUGCCGCUCUUCAACCAUCUCGUGCGGUGCAGCUGCCAGUCAUCCCCCUUGUUUGAGGCGACCAUCCCUGCAUGGCUCCGCUCGCGGGACUGGAAACUCGAACAGGACCCUACCUUCCUCACACAAGCACCCCCAGCCUCCCUCUGCCAAGAGGACAACAACCGCACUUGUGCAGCCCCUCCCACUGACCCGGAUCGCCGCCACCUUCGCUCAAUCGCCUACCCUCUCUUCAGCACCAACCUCCAUCUCGGGGGCGAGGACAUUUUCGUCUUCGAGCAUUUCUUCUACGGCAUGACAGGCGGGCUCUUUCUCGAGGCGGGGGCAGCGGAUGGCUUCCGCGAAUCCAGCACCAUGCUGCUGGAGAGGUAUGCCGGUUGGCGGGGCAUACACAUCGAAGGGUCGCCCAUCAACUACCGACUCCUGAUCAACAACCGGCCUGAUACCCUCAAUCUCAAUGCGGUGUUGUGCUCAGAGAGGGCAGGGGAAGACAACGACGGCGUCGUGACGUUUAAGGCGCAGGAGCUAAUUGGAGGGAUCGUCCGCUUUAUGGAGCCGGGCAAGGUCCAGGGCCUCGAUGUCCGCAAUGUGACUGUAGAUGGCAAUGGGACUGUGCGCGUGGACCCCAAUGUGACCGACCUGCCGGCAGCUGGGAUUGCGAACCUCCCCUGCCUGUCGCUGAGGCGCGUCUUGCGUCGAUUCGGCAUCCGGCACAUCAACUUUAUGAUGGUCGACAUUGAGGGCGCCGAGUGGCCGGUGCUAGAGGCUUUCAACUUCUCAGAUGUCACUGUUGAUGUGCUCGCCAUCGAGACGAACGCACGGGAGGCGGGCACAGGGAAAGCCGACCUCUUCCAGGCCCACCUGUCGCAGUAUGGCUAUCGAAUGACAUACCCCAUCCACGGGUACCUGGGGCUCAACACGUAUUUCCUGCGCGAGGGCUUCGUGCCUUCCACCAGGCCAGGUGCGGGCAGACAAGCUGACAACCGAUACAGAGAGGUACUGCUGAAGGGAGCGCCAGAGUGUUGGAGGAACGCUGUGCUGGUGGAUCACGAUGAUGGGGACAGGAUCGUGAUGAUGGUGACGCCGGAGCGGUGCUGUUCGUAUGCGGGGUGGGUGAGUGUGUGUUUCGCUGAGGCUUUCACGUAUAGGAAGUGCUGCCUACAGCCGAUGGGGCUGGACAUGCAAGGGGAUGGACUGGUGACAUUCGUUUGAACACAUGAACACAUGACCGAC